AUGUUUGCAGAGGAUCAAGAUGAUGCCGACGCUCACCGGAGCCGCAUGGAUGAAAGCUGCGGGGGCGCAGGCAUUCGCCGUGGCAGCCUUGGCAGCCACCCGAGCCAUUCGCAACGAGCGGUGCUGCAGCGGCGAUGGACACUAAAAGACGACAACUUGGAAGACAUAGGUGUCGUUCAGGCCUCAUCGCCACGUGUGCUGGACAACCGCCUCUGCCUCUUCUCGCCUUCUGCAGCGGCGGUUGGGAGCAACAAGAGCGGGGGCCCAGUGAGCGCGUAUCGCGCACCACUCAUCACCGCCCUACUCCCCGACGAAGCAAGCGACACCCGGUCGCAGACUUCUUUGACAGACGGUCGCAAGGAGAAGGAGGAGGACGACGCACCUUCAGGUGCCAGCUCACUGGUCGCCGGCGCCAAGAUGGAAGCAGGGUCGCUGCCGUCGUCGCGGCCGCGCUCCGCCAACCACAGCCGCGAUGCCGCUCAUACUCGUUUCCCCACCACGAGCUCGCGCCACAAGCGAGAAAAGAAGGCGCCGAUGUCGUACUCUCCGAGGGGGCGCGCUGCACGCUCACCACCGUCGCGCACUGCAUCUCCGAGAUCCCCUGUAUCCUCUCCACCGUCGUCGUCGUCGUCUUCAGCCUCCAGCUCGUGUUCCGUUCCAGGUUCCCCACCACCGCCGCACCGCUCGGUCAAGAUACUGCACAUGAAGGAGGAUGGUCAUACCUCUUCGCCGCCGGGGAGCACUGAUUACCUCGACGGGCCGCUUUUUGCAGGGCUCGGCCCAUUGAUGGUGGUACACCUGGACGUUCUUCCGGACGUUGCUGGAGCUCAACCAAUUCCAUCGCGGGAAGGCAUUGCUGGAGAAGAGGCGGCUUCAUUAGCAGCUGCGGCAUCGUCUUCCCCGUCGCUAUCACGCUCGCAUCCAGUGCACCUAGAUCCGUACUGGGGGGCUCUCGUGGAGCGACAGGAGAUGGACGCGCACGAGCGUGAGGUGGCGGCGCUGCACGCGAGGCUGGAGACCGCCGAUCAGCAGGUGCGCAUCACGGAGCAGCAGGCAGUGGCGGCAGCGGAGGCGCGGGCGGCGGAGUUGGUACAGGGAUACAAGGCCGACGAGCGAAAGCGUCGAGCGCAGUUUCAGGCCGCGCUGGAUGCCCUGCGAGAGGAGAACCGGGAACUGACCGCCAAGUUGGAGGCUGUUGCACGGGCGCCGGCGAUGGGAGCUCCGAGUACAACCACUUGCCCACUGCGGACGCCGAGCAGUGAUGCGGCAGCGGAAGCGAGAGGGAACGCGAUUGCCACCACAUCGGGUCCGCUCACGGCAAGUGCAGCCGCAGUGAGUCAGGCGGAGAUGACUCGGCAGCUGCAGUCGAUCGAGGGAUAUUGGCGUGAUCGACUGCGCACGGCGGAGCGACACUGGGAGGACGAGAUGUCGCGGCAGACGCAGCAGCGACGCGAGGCUCUGGACCAAGUGGAGGAGCUGGUGCGCACGGUCGAGCAGUUGCAAGAGGAGCUGCGCUACACCCGGCGCCAGGCGGCCCGCCUUCGAGAGGAGAACAUACGUCUCUGCGGUGCUGCCCAAGCCGCGUCGACUGGUAGCACUGCCGGCCUUGCCGUCCCCGUUGCGCCAGUCACCACGUCGCCGCCCGAGGAGGUGUCGCGCCUGCGCAAGGCGCUGAGAGAGCAUCAGCACAAGGAGGCUGCUCUGCUGGCGCAGGUGGAGAGCUACGGCGAGGAGGCCACCCGUGUGCGACUGCGGUACGAGGCGGCGCUCCAGAGGGCAGAGCGGGAGCUCGCAGCGGAGCGGCGACGGAGCACGGAGAUGGUGAAGCUGUACGGCAGUCAGCUGGAGUCGCUGCACCACCAGCUUCGGGAGGGCAAGCCGCCGAGCGCAGCUCGGUGA